UAAAAUUAAGAAUAGGUGUUUGAUGGUACAUGGUGUGUAGGGUUUAUAACCUCCUCGCCGUGAUCGAAGAACCAACCUGGUGGAUCAGAAAUUUCAGAAAUCACCGAUCUAGAAUCUUCACAAAACAGUUAUGACUUCGUCAAGAGACAGCGACCAAUCACCACCGCACCAUCACCAACCUCUCUUGAGCAGCCUCGUCGUUCGUCCUUCCCUCAACGACAAUUCACCUAGCGGCGGUGCUCACUCCAACGAUUACGAACCUGGUGAACUUCGCCGUGAACCUCCUCCUCCUCCUUAUUCUCGCUCCGAUCGAUUUUCUGAUGACGCUGGAUAUAGAUUUCGUGCAGGUUCCACAUCUCCCGUUCACCGUAGAGAUGCUGAUCACCGUUUCACUUCUGAUUAUAAUCACUCGUCACGAAACCGUGGAUAUGGUGGCGGGAGAGAUCAUGGCAGAUAUCGAGACCCUCCACCCCCACAUUUUCGUGGUAGGGCAGGUGGAAGGCCAAUUGGUAGAGCUUUUGAUGGGCCUCGCUAUGGUCAUGGACAUGCAAGAGGCGAAGGCCAUGGUAGAAACAAUCCCAAUGUGCGUCCUAGGGAAGGAGACUGGGUUUGUCCUGAUCCAGUAUGUGGUAAUCUAAAUUUUGCAAGACGGGACCAUUGUAACAACUGUAAGAGGCCUCGUCCUGCUGCUGCUGGAAGUCCUAGGAGGGCUUAUCCUGCUUCUCCACCACUUCAUGCUCCUCACAGACGCUUUCCUGGACCUCCGAUAGACCGCUCUCCAGAAAGGAAUAUCAAUGGCUACAGAUCUCCUCCUCCUCGUCCUUUGGGAAGGGAUGGCCUUCGAGAAUAUGGAUCCACUGCUGCUCUGCCACCACUCAGACACGAAGGUAGGUUUCCAGAUCCCAAUGCGCAUAGAGAGCGUAUAGAUUACAUGGAAGACACAUACAGGGGGAGAAGUAAGUUUGAUAGGCCACCUCCAUUGGAUUGGGAUAACAGAGAUCGGGGCAGAGACGGUUUCUCCAAUGAAAGAAAAGGAUUUGAGAGAAGGCCACUUUCACCACCUGCACCUCUUUUGCCAUCACUUCCUCCCCAUCGCAGUGGUGGCGACGGUGGUGGUAGGUGGACUCGGGAUGUGAGAGAGAGAAGCCGGUCUCCCAUAAGAGGUGGCCCACAAGAAAAAGACUAUCGUCGGGAUACAUUCAUGAGUCGCAGUGGAAGAGAUGAUAGGCGUGGUGGUGGUGUGGGACGUGACAGAGUUGGAGGAAUGUAUUAGCUGCUGCUGCUGUUGACCUGAUGUAUUCUGUGAUGUAAUAUUUAGCUUCAUUUAAAUAUUUUGAGCUAUGUCUAGAAUUUGAGGUUAGUUCCUGAAUCUCCAUUAUGGAGCUAACCCAUCGGGAAACAAAUUUUUUCUCUCUUUUUGGUGAUAAUGCAUCGGAAAACAUUUUGAUAGUAUGCACUGAAAUGCAUGGUUUAUUGCUUUGUUUCGUAC